AUGCCAACCGGGAACAGAGCACUUGUCGUGGCAUUUGUUCGUGCAGCUGCACUGGUGCCAUGCCCCCGUCUGGAGAAGGCAUCGUCGGAUGUGGAGGAAAGCGGCGGGCCUCCCGUUCCACCGCCCCCAGUGCCACCAUUCACGUCGGCCACAUGGCUAGUGGCACUUGGCGAGAGUGACAGGACGCUGCAGGAGCCUACAAAGUGGCAGGACUUCGCUCGUGCGCACAAGACAAUUACGGCGGAAGCCAGGUCUCUGGGAUUUGAUGCGCUAGAACGAGGUGAGGUGCGGCGACGCGCCAAACUAUCUCUUAACAACGUGGCACAAACGCAGCAGCAGCUAGAUCAUCGUGCUUGUGGGUAUAGUAAUCCCACCAGGACUGAGAGCGAAACUGCUGCGGCAAUUCUGAAGGAGGAGCUGGAAGGGUGUCGGGCUUGGGCGGCUGUUAAUGCUGCUGCUUCUACUCCUCGUCACCCGAUUAGUCUUAUUACUGCUAGUGUCAGAGCAGCUGCAAUGGAAAACAUGUUGCCUUCUUCAGCGUGUGCUUCUGCUGCUGCUGAUGAUGAUGAUGAUGAUGUUGUUGUUGUUGGUUGUAGUGAACGUAUCGAGUUAUUGCUAUUGGUGUUUUCGGUGGUGUCGGCGAUGCUGAACCACCGCCUUCCACUGCGCACAGCUCUAGAUGCUUUGGCACCGCACACCUCAGAAACUACCCUUGCUAUCUGUGAGCAGUUCCUCGGAGAGAAUAAUAUUGUUUUAUUCAACAUUGCAGAGGCGCUGUGUUCUGGUAUGUCGACCCCUGCUUCCUCUCUCUACACAAUGCAGUGCGUCCACGCGUUUGUGAGGGAGAAGCAGACUGGGCGCGUACAGCACCUGCUGGGUGAUGAAGAAGGAAUGGUGCGCUCGCCCCCAGAAGAGGAUUUGUGGGGCGCUGCUCUCCACACACUCAAUGAGGCACAAUUGCUCGAAGCAAAGCGCCAACUUCAAGAGGAACUGCAGAAGCUGCUGACGGCUGCUGCACGCGCCGAUCAGCGUAGUAUUGCGACGGCCCAACGCUUUGGGAGUGCGUGUGACGCGCACCGAAUAACGGUGACGAACUCGCAGGCUGUAAGAGUUCACUCAGGACGCCGUGGAAAAGGCUCCACUGCCGCUACUACACGUGUACGCAAGGUAAUUACACCGGUGCGAUGCACUGACUCUGGGGAAGCAAACAUAGUGGAUGCUUUGAGGGAAUCUUCAGGCGCCUCAGCGAGGUGCGGCACGACUGCUGCAACGCAUAGGCCGGAGAUCUCGUCUUCCUGCUGGCAGCGCAGUGCAAUAGAGGUGUGGAGAUCGCGACGCGAAGCCGUCCUUGUGGCGUUGGACAGAUACCAGCUUCUUGUUUCUGGCGACGAUCAGGAAUGUCAAGAGAGAGCGAAAACUGAGGCGAUGCCUGCAACGGCUCCUUCCGCUUUACUGGAGACGCUCUCGUGUCAACUUCGUGCUGUGAUUAGUGUGGAUUCUGAUGCAGCGCACAUACUGGAUGCACUGUGGCGAUGGACCGGGAGUGAGAGCAAUGCGGCAAGUACGGGAACACACACAGCGUUGGCGCUAGAGCUCGUUUUGUUUCUCUUCGCCACGGCGUCGACGAAAUCUGAGGGCCGUGGUGUGUUGCUUGAGCUGCCAGGUCUGUUGAGGCGGGUCUUGGAGGUAGACACAGGCAAAAAUGCAGCAUCAUCUUCGUUGCUCCGAGCACUUCCGGACUCUCUGUCUGUUUUCCUUAUUGAUACGGUUUUUUCGGCGUUGCUGCGGUGUAAUGCGCAUCCUACGACUGCAGAUGGUCGUCGGAUAGACAAUAAUCAUUCGCUGGCAUGUGUGGCUGGAUUGCUGUGGGAGCUCCAUUCCCCACAUGUGCUGCGGCAUGCCGUGUCGAUGUGGCGCAAUAGGAAGUCCCCUCCCGAGCAGGGUGUGAGCGACGCUGGUAAUUCGUCUUCGUCCUCGUUGUUUCAGCAGCAUGCCAACGCAGUGAUGCUACUGCUUCUGGUAGUAGCAAAGCGAGUCGGCCCUGAGGCAACGGUCGAGUGUUCGUCGCCACCGAUGGAUUUGCCAUUUAUUUUGGCAGUUUGUGAGCUCCUGUGCAACGAUGUCCUUGCGCUCCUUAAACAGAUCCCAGUUCGCGCCAAAAAACCGCUGCCACGUUUCAUCAACGAGGCACUAUGGAACGUGCUGUUUCCACUGGCCACGUGGGCCCUCCACCACAGUGAAUGCACACGUAGCGAAUGCGGGAUGGCGGCGGUGCGCCAACUGGUUGAACUCUCUCACGCUGUCGUGGGGGAUUUGACGCUUCGGUGGGAUUACAGUGUCGUGCCGACGCGGCGGCUCUGGAGAAGAAUGAAUAAGAGGGAAAUGGGGCUGCCAUACGCCACAGACUUGGUAGCGGCGGUGGAGGAGGAGGAGUACGAGGCAGAUGACACAGUAGCGUGCCGCGUCGUGAGGUUCGCAUCACUCCUUGAGGGGAUGCUGCUAACUGCUGCAGAGGUUCUGCCGCACCUUCUCCCUGAUUCAUGUGCUUUCUCCUGUAUGUGCAACGCUGUUGGCGUUGUUCUGCACGAUGUGGACGGCCGCACUGGCCAUCAAAUCAUGACGCAUCUCCUGCGAUUGACACCACCCGAGGCGAGGAUGGAUGUCGAGGCCCACAUUGCUGUUGUGCGCUGUCUUGCAUCUAUGCGGCACGGGUGCACUCUCUGGGAAGAGGCUGUGUGGCACUACAAGUGCGCAGUUUUGACAGCAUCUGAUGCCAAUGCGGUGGUUGCGGCGUCAGAGUGCCAUCUUCGCCGUCCACACGUGCCUACAGAUUUGGGUACUGCACGCGUGUUGCGUUGUGUGGGAGGCUCCCCACUUCCUCGCGGUGCGCGCUGCAUGCUUACGAUACGUCUUGUUGCCUUUGCACGUGCGGCUGGGGUUCCCUUUAGCGCCCACUCUUUAGCCGCCUGCUUGCUGAACUUCACAAUGCGAAGGAAUCCACCAGUGCGUGGUUUUAACGGUGCCCCCUGGUGCGACGCGCUGGAAUGGUAUGACGAUGUCAUGUCGCGGUGCGACGAGGCGGCGCCGCCUAUGCAGGACUUGUCAUGUUUUCACAUUGCGUGCCUUCAGAGCCUGCUUGCCCACGGGGAGUGGACAGAGGCGUCCCUCUCGUUGCCGAUGGCGAGUAUUUCCCGCCUCUGCGAGGGCAAGGCUGCACUCAGCCUGAGUGACGUCACUGGAAGAGUCUCUUUCCUUUUGGCAUUGUGCGCGGCGGAUCGGACGCAAAGCUGCGCGGAUGCAGCAACCGCCUUGUAUCAAACGUUGCAAAACAGUCUCCCGGCUGUGGGGUCGCCAGAGGUGAAUCCCGAGCAACUGCUGCGACUCUAUCGAGCUGCAGUUGCCGUUCCACCAAUGCACCGCGAGCUUGAGGUGCGGUGCCGCACACCGCUCUUCCGCCACGAGGCGGCUCUCAUUCCCAGGUCUGUGGAUGAACGUGACGGGGAGUUAGCGCUCCGCUUGGGGAUAUGCGGGAUCUCCCACCAUCAUCACCACCACCACGAUGAUCAUCCAUGUCAUGGCCACUACGCGUUGGUAAAAAAACUGGAGACGUGCGUCUCGUGUCGUCUCGCCGGCGCUGCGGAUCGCACAGCUGAUGCGCUCGAUAUCGGCCCACAACAGCAAGAACAUCAACCACAUUCACGUUUGCGUGUUCGUGAACGUAGUUCGCGUACGCUGUCUAUUAUGCGGGUCGUGUGGUCGGAGGAAGAAUACAUGAAGAAGACAAAAGGGGCUGAGGCUGGGGUCAUGGAAGAGGGCGUGACGCGCUCGUUGAUGGAUACGCGCUACGCCAACGUUAUGGUGCCGCUGCAAAAACUCCAACGACUUCGCGCAGCAAAGCGGAAUGGGAGGCGACGACGCCGUGGGACUACUCUGUGA